AUGCCUCAACUCAACCCUGCACCAUGAUUCUCAAUCAUAGUCAUAACCUGACUAACCCUCGCACUCCUAAUCCAGCCAAAACUGCUAACCUUCACCACAACAAAUCCCCCAUCAAAAAAACCAUCACUCAUCACCAAACCCACACCAUGAGCCUGACCAUGAACCUAA